AUGAUCCAAGACUGCAACCUUAAAGCUCAGACUAAGAUCCAGGCUCUAACGGACAAGAUCACGUCUUACACCGACAUCUUGAAAAUAUUCAAUGGGGAAAUGCUCGCAGACCUCUCUGAUACCGCAAAUUUCAUUGUUACCGAGAGUACGUUUCGGUUGUGUCACACGCGGUUUUACAAAGAAAUCCGAAAGGCAGUGCUCCAGCAAUUACCAGGACAAGUUGUGCAAGAGUCGGUCCUCUGGGCGAUAGCAAUACGCGCCGUUGCCGUGCCUAAUGGUGGGCAAAUAACAGACCUGUGGAGGGCUCACGACGAACUCAGAGACACUGUGCUGGCGAUGACUGAAGUCGUCGAAGCGUUUCGGAAUGAUCGAGGGAUCUUUGACAUCAUUGAACUGGUACAAAGAGCAUACAAAUUUCGCCUCCCGAACGUGACAUAUACCGGAGUAUGGGCGAUCAACAUGGAAGGUAAACCGUCGAGCACAGCCCCUGGGCCGGGAUCACGACCUCAAGAAUUUACCGAAGAACAGAUGCAAGCUAUGGAGGAACGGGUGGCCCAAGCAUCGGCAAUAUUGCCGGUGGAGAUUCGUUUGGAUGCAACGGUGAAGUUUCUUGGGCGUUUGGCGAUGGAGAAGCUGGGUGGGGACAUCACUGUGGACAUCGACUCCUACAUGCAACGCACGAAGGCCAAGUACGACCAAUUGAGGGCAGACAAGGAGGCCCAGAUAGCAGCCAACAGAGUAUUGGGACAUUCUUCCGCGACCAUUUCGACAGCUGAAUCCACAGUCAUGACCAGCUGGGAUAGCUUCAACGGCGCCCAAAUCAGAACCGAUUCGGAUGGCUACUACGCCAAUCUCGAUCCCCGACUUCAAAUUGAUUGGCAGUAUCGAACCACGGAACACCAUUGA